CAUUAAAUGAGAGUGACAGUGGCUGAACGACACAAGAGAGAGAUUGGAAGUUCAUGAUAGUAGAUCUAAAGUCUCUGCAUAGACAAAAAUGGCUCAGAGAAAAGAAUAAGAUCUCUCUGUUCACAAGGAAGAGAAAUUUUACUUAGUGAAAUAUUAUGGAUAGCAAAACAGUGCCCAAAUUAUCCAAAACAGAGAGAAAACUUCAGAAAAAAGUUGCAAAAUCACAGAAAACUCUGUUAAAACAUGAUGGUAUUGGAACAUCAGAAAAAACAACUAAGAUUUUGUGUGUCAAUAAUGCUGGAUUGGAUGUAGGUGUGUCAUAUGAUGAAGUGGCUGCUCUCUUUGGUCGAGUUGGUCCUGUGGAGGAAAUUAUAAUGCUCCCCAAGAAACCUUAUGCCUUUGUGUGUUAUAAGGAUGUAGAUUCUGCAGAGAGAGCCAUGACUGAGCUCAGUGGUACAGUGCUUCUAGAGACCCCCAGCAGAAAACAAUCAGCAACACUGUACAUCUUCUUUGUGUCCAAAGUUCCUCUGGGCCUGUCCCCCUCCACCGAGACUCCUCCUGGUCUGAUUGUCCUGGAGAACUUUAUAUCAGAGGAGGAGGAGACACAGUUUCUGUCAGCAGUCAACUGGGGGGCACCAACACAGGAGAGAAGUGAAUUGAAACACAGACAAGUGAAGCACUUUGGAUUCGAGUUUAAAUAUGGAAUUAAUGACGUAGACCCAGACGAUCCUCUCCCACAGGGAAUUCCCGAUGUCUGCUCUGCCUUCCUACAGAGGGCACUGGCUACAGGUCAUGUGGCCUACCUCCCUGAUCAACUGACAGUCAACAAGUACCAGGCUGGUCAAGGAAUUCCAGCUCAUAUUGACACUGGGCCUGCUUUUGAGGACGGCAUCAUGUCCCUCAGUCUAGGGUCUCAGGUGUUGAUGGACUUCCAUCACCCAGACGGACGUCAGCUGUCAGUGUUACUUCCUCCCAGAAGUCUCCUUGUCAUGACGGGAGAAUCGCGCUACGUCUGGUCACAUGGUAUCACCCCGCGGAAGUCAGACAUUAUCUCCUCGCCAGAGGGAAACCUGAGUGUGGUACCCAGGGGGACCAGGACAUCAUUCACGUUCAGGAAAAUUAUCCACCCCACAGAGAGGAAAUGGAGAGAGGCAGCAGAAAGUUCAGAACAAAGACCCACUCUCCCUGUCUCCUCUUCUGAGGCAGAAAAACUGGAGACUCAGCAUGUCCAUCAGGUAUAUGAGGAGAUUGCCUCUCACUUCAGUGGUACUAGACACUCCCCGUGGCCCAGAAUCUCAGAGUUCCUCCAGAAACAGCCCCCUGGGUCAUUAAUGGCUGACAUUGGUUGUGGGAAUGGGAAAUACCUCGGAAUCAACAAAACCAUCUACCAGAUAGGAUCAGACAGAAGUACUAAGCUGACAGAGAUCUGUAGACAGAGAGGAUUCCAGGCCUUUGUGGGGGACGUUCUGUCCAUUCCUCUACGAUCCCAGGCUUUUGAUGUCUGUAUAUGUAUAGCUGUCAUUCAUCAUCUCUCAACAGAGGAGAGGAGAGUACAAGCUAUAACGGAGCUGAUCAGGAUCCUGAGGUCAGGAGGUCAAGCCUUGAUUUAUGUUUGGGCAAUGGAACAAGAGAUCAACAAAGUCAAAUCAAAGUACCUCAAGGAGAAAGACUUCAAUGUAGAGGAUAAUGACGAUAAACAGACUAACCUUGAUGGCUGUGAUAAAUGUGAACAGUCAAAGAAAGAUAACUCUGAUAUUCCCAGGGAAAUGAAACAGGAACAGCCUUGUGGUAAUCAGAAAGAACUUGUUAUACACAAAAAUCGGACUAACUUCCAGCAGCAGGACUUGUUAGUUCCAUGGCAGCUGAAGGGGAAGUCCUCAGUGGAGAAGACAGACAAUGUGUUCCACAGAUUCUAUCACGUGUUUCAGAAGGGAGAGCUGGAGGGACUGUGUGGUCAGGUGACUGGGUGUCGUGUAGUGGACAGUUAUUACGACCAGGGAAACUGGGCAGUCAUACUACAGAAGUCAUAGGGAUAUCCUAACUUAUUAAUAAAGUAUAGAAAAUA